AUGUCAGCAAUAUCAUCAAAAUCUCUUGAUGAGCAUAAUAAAAAAAAUGAUGAUAAAGGUGAUGAUAGUGAUAAUAGUGAUGAUAAUUAUAAUGAUAAAGGUUAUGAUAAUUUUAAUAAUGAGUACGAACAUGAUGCAGAUCUUAAUAAAAAUAAAAAUGAUCAAACUGAUCAAGAUAGUGUUAAUUAUGGUAAUACUGAAUCCAGAGAUCUUACUAAUAGCAGUACAAAAAAUAUUAAAGAUUCU